AGCAACUUCAGUUCUGCCUGCACUAUAUGCACAACGAUGGCGCUUGAAGCCGGUAAAUUCUUCCAAGUUUGGCUGUCUUUUUAUUACGCAGUUGGUUUAACUAUGCAGCAACCUGUUGUGGGAGUAGAUCCCUGGGUGGAUGUCAACCAACCAACAACACUGACUUGUUUGCCGUCAGGGACACCUCGUGAGGUUGAGUGGAUCAAAUGCGUCGUCCAUGAACAAUCUUGUACCGCUAGUAGGCCGUCGAGUGAACUAGUUGUGAGAUUGCUUGGCAGUGAUGUAAAUUGGGGUGGGUCAAUAGAUAUAAGUCGUUUCCGUUUUGACAAAACACAAAGUAAUUAUCCUCUGACCAUCACAUCAGUGACAUUAGAAGAUGAAAGUGUAUAUAGUUGCCGGACCAAUGUCGCUGGUCAAGGAUAUCAGUCUGCUUCAGCACCAAUGAGGAUAAGAGUGCCACCCAGUUCCAUUGCAGUUGUUUACGACAGUACAUCACACAGCAGCAGCACUUCCAUCCCUAUUGUGGCUGGAGAGAAUCAUCAAUUUACCUGCAACACACCUGCUGUCAAGCCAGCAGCGACCUUAACCUGGACCAUCCCUGCCGGUGGCAGUUCAGACCAACCUCUUGGAAAUCAGACGAAUACUCCCAAUACCGGGAAUAACAAUCUGACCGAUAGCUACAAUACAGUUAUCGUAGACAUACCGAAGAACCCGGCUGUGUCCCAGAUAGUAUGCGCUGCCACCAAUAGACAAGAUGGGUCAAACGCUGCAGACAUAGACAUUGCCGUAACACUUCAAGUCCGAG